UUCAAUCAAGUCCAAUCCGAGGCAAUCCUGGGAUUGAUCCGGGAGUGGGGAGACGUGACGAGGCCAGAUCCGUAGCCCAGCUCCACCUGCCAACCUGUCCGACAUGUCGGGGCCUGUGCCAAGCAGGGCCAGAGUUUACACAGAUGUAAAUACGCACAGACCACGGGAGUACUGGGACUAUGAGUCGCAUGUGGUAGAGUGGGGGAAUCAAGACGACUAUCAGCUAGUUCGGAAGCUGGGCCGGGGCAAAUAUAGCGAAGUGUUUGAAGCCAUCAACAUCACAAAUAAUGAAAAAGUAGUUGUUAAAAUUCUAAAGCCGGUGAAAAAGAAGAAAAUCAAACGAGAAAUCAAAAUCCUGGAGAACUUGCGAGGGGGCCCCAACAUCAUCGCCCUGGCCGACAUCGUGAAGGAUCCAGUGUCACGGACCCCCGCCUUGGUAUUCGAGCACGUGAACAACACAGAUUUUAAGCAAUUAUAUCAGACGUUAACAGACUAUGACAUUCGGUUCUACAUGUAUGAGAUCUUGAAGGCCCUGGAUUAUUGCCACAGUAUGGGGAUCAUGCACAGAGACGUCAAACCUCACAACGUCAUGAUUGACCACGAGCAUCGAAAGCUGAGGCUAAUAGACUGGGGUUUGGCUGAAUUCUACCAUCCGGGUCAGGAAUAUAACGUCCGAGUGGCUUCCAGAUACUUCAAAGGCCCGGAACUCCUCGUAGACUAUCAGAUGUACGACUACAGCCUGGACAUGUGGAGUUUGGGGUGCAUGCUCGCCAGCAUGAUCUUCCGAAAGGAGCCCUUUUUCCACGGUCACGACAAUUAUGAUCAGUUGGUGAGAAUAGCCAAAGUGUUGGGAACAGAAGACCUUUACGACUACAUUGACAAAUACAACAUUGAGCUCGACCCCCGUUUCAACGACAUCCUGGGCAGGCACUCGCGGAAGCGAUGGGAACGUUUUGUCCACAGUGAGAAUCAGCACUUGGUCAGCCCCGAAGCCUUAGAUUUCCUGGACAAAUUGCUGCGAUACGAUCACCAGUCCCGACUGACGGCAAGAGAAGCCAUGGAGCAUCCUUACUUCUACCCGAUCGUGAAGGACCAGGCUCGGAUGAACUCAGCCAGCCUGCCAGGGAGCAGCACACCUGUGAGCAGUGCUGGGAUGCUGUCAGGGAUUUCUUCAGUGGCGACGUCUUCCCCCCUCGGACCUCUCGCCGGCUCCCCAGUGAUUGCCGCGGCCAACCCAUUGGGCAUGCCAGUACCUGCUGCCGCGGGGGCUCAGCAAUAA